AUGAUGAUGAUGGGUAAUGGAGGCUCAAACACGCUUCCUCGUGUACCAAGCAAUAAUACGCUCAAUGAGCGCUCACCUCUGCUACGUGCAUUAGGUCAGGGUUCUUCAGCUUCUAUAUGUGAAGGCGCCUAUAUGUCCAUACCAGCACAGGAAAAUAAUGAUGACCGCCUCUCAGACAACGGUCUAUUCCAGCCUCUGGUUUUUGCGGAAAAGGCGCUAGCAGCGCUUUUAAACGGAGUAUUACUAUACGCACUAGGUUGCGUCGUGGGUGUGGCACUCGUGUCGCUUAACUUUGAGGGUGUUUUGGGUCCAUCUGUCAACUGGUGGCUGGUUUUCCUACCCUUCUGGCUAGCUAAUGUUGCUAUGGUAUAUGCACACGUAAUGUCAAUUCAUUACGCCAAGACGCUUCGGCGCUGGGCUGACGUUGAGUCCAUGUCCAAUGAGCCACUGCUGCCGCUACUGCGUCGUAUCGUGUUAGUCUAUGCCAUUAGUUUCCCCUUGGCGGUAUUGUUACUCUGGAGCGAGCUGGCAUUCUGCGCCAGCCUACAGAACACUACUAUUACUAAUCUCUACAUCUGUUACGCACCGUUAAUGGUGAUCCAAAUGGCCUUUGUGGUACGAUAUCUGCUCUGUCGAUCGGAUAGUACGUUACCGGGAGUGUGCUGGGUGCUGCUGUUUGUGUUUACAUUGCUAUUGGCGUACCAGACUGACACGCAACGUCGGUUCGAGGUGUUGGAGAUGACGAAGCCGCCGGUAUCGUGGUGGAUUGUGUUCGCGCCGCUCUUCGUCUUCGAAUUACUCAUGACUGGUUCGCUGCUGCUUGUACUGUACAACGAGUUUUCUGGCAUUUAUCGUCUCACUCGGUGGCAGUUAGCCGCAAGUGUGCUUUACACGAUGGCUUUGGUGGCGGGUGUCAGUGGCGAGCUUAUGCUGCUAGAGCAAGUGAAUUACCAUUGGGGAACUUUCACUUUCCCGUCAGGAAUGAUGUUUUUUGGACUAGUAUGUGCGUGUGUGGCCAUGUAUAUAGUGGGUCGUCACCACGUGGAAGAGCUCAUGGUCUCGAAGGGCGGUGCGGUGCCUGUACCGUUGACAAGGACAGCGGAUGGAUGGAUUACCAGCCAUGCUAUCGUAGAGCAGUGGGUGCUCUUUGGCGACAUCUAUUUGACCCCUCAGGGACUACAACUUCGUAAUCGGAAAACACGAAGCAACUCAGAUGUCGAGCUGGAAGCAGCAGGAAGCCGAAUCCUGCGGCAAGUGAAAGGGCUUUUAACCCGAGUCACGUCGGACGAGAGCAUUGGUGUCAACGACCCAGAGCAUCGCAUUUAUAAUAUACUGCAAAGAAAGACUUCCGGUAGCUACAGUGACAUCACACUGGAUGUCGUUGAUACUCCCAAGACUCCCAAUGAUUCAGCUCACAAGCGUUAA